GUCAUCGCGUACAGUCAGCUAGCGCGUCUGCCUCUUCUUAUUAGCAUGUGGAUGCCAGUUCCUUUAUUUCUUCGAACUUGCUUUGCCUCAUAAAUUCCUUUUCGAAACUCUACAUUGUCGACGGCACCAUGAGUACAUUGUGGAUGGGGAACCUGGACUCCUAUAUGGACGAGAAGUUCAUCACCAGAGCUUUCUCUACCAUGGGUGAGCAGGCGGUCAGUGUCCGGAUCAUACGCAGCAAGAUAACAGGUGCGCCGUCGUCAAGCAGCGCUCUGGGGUAUUGUUUUGUGGAGAUGGCGGAUGAGGCAACAGCUGAGAGGUGUCUUCGUAAAAUCAAUGGGAAAUCCCUACCAGGAUCCAGUCCGCCGACAAGAUUCAAGUUAAACCGAGCCACAUUUGGGAAACAAGAAACUGGUCAGAUGUACUCUUUGUUUGUGGGCGAUCUUACCCCAGAGGUAGACGAUGGAAUGCUGUAUGAGUUCUUCUACAAUCGCUUCCCUUCCUGUCGGGGAGGAAAAGUAGUGCUGGACAGCAUGGGAAACUCCAAGGGUUGCGGCUUUGUUCAGUUCCCAGACGAGCGCCUGCAGAAGCGAGCGCUGGAUGAGUGUCAGGGAGCUGUGGGACUUGGUGGUAAACCUCUGCGACUAAGCUUAGCAGCUAACAACCUAAGGAACAGACCACUGCAGCCUGAAACCAAAACAUGGCCGUCAAGCACCUCUUACACGCCAACCUAUGACCACUACAGCCAGUACCAGCAGCAGGCGUAUCCCAACUAUUACUCCUCCUGGGGUUACGAUCAGACUGCAGCAGGGUACGGCUACAACUAUCCACAGUAUGAUUACUCACAGUAUGCCCAAUCACUGGAAAUGGACCUUCAAGAUGAUGGACUUGAAGAUCCAUCAGCGGAGCUGGAUGUGGUGGAAACAAACAAGAGGUUCAUAGAGAACAGCGAAGAACUGUAUGAUGCUUUAAUUGACUGUCCGUGGCGAUCAGCAGAGUUCUCAUCAGAACAGGACCAACUGGUGGAAAGCAUACCAGAUCCACUUUGCUACUAAAACUGGAUGCAGUUGCUUCAUGUGGUUUUAUGUAAAGGCCACUGGGGCUUUUGACAGUGUGGACCUUUCUUAGAACAAAGGCAAUAUUUUGUAGUAUUUGUUCAUAAACUUGUGGGGCACACAAUUUUGUUAGUACAAAUGACAAUGCUUUUUCAAUUCUUCAUUUGUGCUUACCGGUAUUUUGCAUUUAAGGUUUUUGGCCACCAAAUCUAAGCGUCAUGUUAAAAUUAUUUUGUAUGUAGACCUUCCAACUCAGACCCACCCAAGAGGAAAAAAAAGAGAAAUGAAGUACUAACUUUUUUUGUUUAUUUGUUUUGUUUCUUUUGUGUUCAUUAAAUCUCAAAUUGACA